UCUAAAUUUUCGUAACUAAAUAUUUAUUUUACUAAAAAUAUUCCUUGAAUAUAUUUUAAUGGAUCCUGUAAUGUCUUCUUCUGACGAAAAUCAGCCAUCGGACGCAGACGAAACUCAAAGACCAGUGGAAGUGAAUGAAAACAAUCGCGAAAACGAGCGAGGUCGAAUACCAUGGUCAGCACCAAGUACCUCAGCGCUUAGUCAGAUGGAACACAAAAUGCGACGUAAGUUGCAAUUUUUUUUCAUGAAUCCAAUUGAAAAGUGGCAAGCCAAGCGUAAAUUUCCUUAUAAGUUCGUCGUUCAGGUCAUCAAAAUAGUCUUGGUAACUCUCCAACUUUGUCUGUUUGCUCAUAAUAGAUACAUUCAUGUCAAUUAUACGUGGGAUAACAGGAUCAGUUUCUCCCAUCUGUUCCUAUUUGGCUGGGAUGCAACAAGGGAGAUUAAUGCUUAUCCUCCUGGUGCUGGACCCUUAGCUGUGUAUAAGGUUGACGAGUUUUAUAAUUCUCUGAAUUAUGCUUAUGAAGGCUAUUCUAACUUGUCAAAUGCCAUUGGACCAUAUUCGUACAACGAUGAGGACAAUAUAAAACCAAAUCCUUUAUUUUGUCAAUAUUAUUACAAAAAAGGUAUAAUAAAUGGUUUCAACGAAAGCUACGAGUUUAACUCAGAAAUUAUAUACACCUGCAUUAAUUUUACAAAUGGAGAAAAUAAAUCCUUCAAAUCUCAACAAUUUAUUCAAGAUGCAGGUUUGGAAGUAAACUUUGCAGCAUUAGUUCGAGCUGAAUUGAAAUUUUCAAUUAAAACUAUUAAUUUCAGAGCUGCCGGGCCUAUAACUCCACCAGAUUGUUUCAGAUUUGAUAUAAAAAUAAUUUUUGACAAUGAAGAUCAUGAUGGUCAAAUGUCAUUAUACCUGGAGGCCGAACCUUACAAACUGGCAUGUAAGGGAGACAAAGAUUAUGUCACUGAUAAUCAAAUUGAUCAAGUACUUAGAAGUAUUUUAAAUAUAUUAGUUAUACUUAUUUGUAGUGCUUCACUCAUAUUAUGCAGUCGAGCAAUUUACAGAGCACAACUGCUCAAAGAACUUACUGUCCAAUUCUUUAGACAAGCAUACAAUAAGCAACUUAGUCUAGACGGACGUUUAGCAUUCCUUAAUAUAUGGUAUAUCAUGAUUAUUAUAAAUGAUAUACUGAUCAUUAUGGGUUCUGCAAUAAAAGAGCAAAUUGAACGUAACCAGUUUACAAAUGACCAGUGGAACAUUUGUUCACUAUUUUUGGGUAUAGGAAACUUGUUAGUUUGGUUUGGUGUAUUGCGUUAUCUAGGCUUCUUCAAAACAUACAACGUAGUAAUACUCACCUUGAAAAAAGCCGCACCUAAAAUAUUCCGAUUUUCAUGUUGUGCUCUACUGCUUUAUGCUGGAUAUAUGUUUUGCGGUUGGCUCGUGCUUGGGCCGUACCAUAUGAAGUUUCGUUCACUAGCAACAACUUCUGAAUGUUUAUUUUCAUUAAUAAACGGCGAUGAUAUGUUUGCCACAUUUUCGAUAAUGUCUAGAAAAUCACCAAUGUUGUGGUGGUUUAGUCGAGUGUAUCUAUACUCAUUUAUAAGUUUAUAUAUUUAUGUCGUUCUUAGUUUAUUUAUUUCAGUGAUAAUGGAUGCUUAUGAUACUAUUAAACAAUAUUAUAAAGAAGGUUUCCCAAAGAAUGAUUUACAGCAAUUCAUUGGGGAAACAAAUCUUGAAGAAGUUUCUUCUGGUCUUUUUAGGACGCAGAGUUCUUCAUCGCUGAAUGAAGUUAUGAAUUCAUUAUUUUGUUGUAAUAUUUAUAGAAGUGCUUAUUCUAAAAUAGGAGGUGGAAAUUCGAGUCUCACUUUGUUAUAGGCAUUGUAAUAUAUUAGAUAAAUUUAAAUGUUUUAAAGAAGCUAGUACUUGUAAAUAAUUAUAUCAGUAGCUGAUAAGCUAUGUCAAAUGUAGAUAUUAUCAGUAAAUAUUUAUGCAAUACGAUUAUGAUAUUAUUGCUAUAAGAAUUGUAAAUAAGUUACCAUUAAUAACCAAAGAAUUUUAGUACGUUAAUUGGUGAAUUUUUUGUAUAAUUUUGAAAGUUUUUUUUAAUGUAAAAAUUUGAAAUCAAUUUGUAAAAAAAGCAGCUUAAAUUCGAGUAAAGUUAAUUAUAAUGUAUAUUUUAAUGUAGUAAGUUGUAAUAACUGUAAAACAAACGAUGCAUAAUAGUCAUGUAUUUUUACAAUAAAAUGUUUUUGUAAGGAA